CGAACGGUUUCGUAUUACUCGAUCUUUCACCUCUCUCUCUCUCUCUCUCUCUCUCUCUCAUUCUUCUUCUUCUUCGCUUCGUUCUGUUCCCUUCCAUUUUGUUUCUUUUCCUGUUUGGCUUCCAGGAAAUACUUUCACAGUUUGUUAUCUCUUACACCGUUUUCUCUGAAGGGUGUGGUUGAAUAUAUAUAUAUUAUAUUAUACACAAUAAUAUUUAAACAUCAACAAUUUGUAGAGGGCUCACGCAGAGGUUUUGGAGAGGGAGAGAAUGGAAGGGAGGAAGGAAGCCCCGUCGUCUUCGUCGUCGUUGUCGUCAUCGUCUUCUUCUUCUUCUUCCUUGACAGCUGAGCUUUUCGGAUUCAAAGAGUCGCCAUCGUCUUCAACGGGGAUUUUUGGGUCUAUCUUUGCUCCUUCGUCCAAGGUGCUAGGCAGGGACUUUCUGCACUCUGAGGUUGCUGGGAGAAAGCAGGAUUCGAAGAACGAUUCAUGGCAGAAAAAACCUGGAGCAGACGAUACCUUUAAAACCAUUGAUGGCAAAAGCGAGAGCAUGCCAGAUCGAGACAUGAGUUCCAUUUAUCAGGAUCAAAGAGUACAGCCAUGUCAUCUCAGUUCAUCAAUCUAUUAUGGUGGCCAAGACAUCUAUUCUCAUCCCCCGAGUACCCAGAGCUCUUUGUAUAAGAAAGAUGGGGGAGAAGAUGAUUCAGGGAGUGCUUCGAGAGGAAACUGGUGGCAAGGGUCUCUCUAUUAUUAAGAGCUCACUUGCCUAUUCAUAUACUCAUCAAGAUCUUUUGCAGGUAUACUGGAACGUAGGGUAGCAGCUUGAAUCUAUCUUUUGUUAUAUGCAUGGAAGAUAUAUAGAUGAUAGCAGUUGGAUGGUUGUGAGAGCUGGUUAUAAUGGCUUCCUCCAGCUAAACAACAUAAUCGUUAUACGAAGCUCUUGUAGAGGUUACUUUUGGUUUUGGGAGACUUUCAUUUUCUACCACCUACUUUAAUCAUGUAGUUGAAACUUUAAAUAUGUAGUGUCACUUAUCCUUACUAUAUGGUUGAGCUUCGUUCUGGCCGCUUUAUUAAUUUGGUAUUUUGUAAGUGGAUGUAUUUUAUCUGUGGUUGAAAUUUGUACAACUUCUGAAGAUAGAGUUCAUGUUCA